ACACAUACACACACACACACACACACACACACACACACACACACACACAGAGAUAUAUUAUGGAUAAAUUACGAUCGCACGCUAAAUUUAAGAUCCACGUAGAGAAUGAAAACUUGAUCAUGUAUGGCGUUUCGUCAGAAUCAGCCGGCUGUGUAUUGAGAGGCGUUGUCAAUCUACAACUACAGGAGACUACAAAAAUAAAAUCAAUUGGAUUAUCGUUAGCAGGAAGGAUGACGGUAUCAUGGACAGAAGGCGUAGGCAAUGGUCAUGACAGACUAUUUCGUGAGGAAAAAGCUGUAUUGGAUCAUCAAUGGACAUUCUUACCCAAACAACAAAAGAUGCAUGUUUUAGGAGCAGGAAGUUAUACGUACGCAUUUGAAUUGGUGCUGCCAGGCGAUUUACCCGAAUCCACCUAUGUGCCUAAUAUUUAUACGGUACAGUAUCAAUUGAAAGCGACGAUUGAACGAUCCACCUUUUUGCCAAACAUUUGCAAUCGUAAAAUAGUUCACAUAUCUCGACAAUUGCUUCCUUUUGCACCCGAGUUCUUAGAACCUGUGUCUGUAGCAAACCAAUGGGCCAAUAAGUUGGAUUACGAGAUCACAUUACCCAGCAAGAUAUAUACGCACGGCGAUCAAAUUCCAAUUACAGUGCGUAUCACACCCCUAUCAGACGCACUACGCGUGAGACACUUAUCAUGUACAUUUAAAGAAUAUAUGGUCUGUAGAGCAGGGAAUCAAGGGUUUUUGAAUACCCGAGCCCGAGCUCACGGUCGAGUAUUGUUUUCAACACGAGACGAUAAAUUUGGUCGAACCAAUGCCAAUGAUGGUGGUCAUUUUGUUGAAUGGACCAAAGUACAAAUGAUUCCUUUAUCUAAUUCAUUGCUUGAUUUGCAGUGUGAUAUUCAGAAUGACUCGAUCCGUAUCAAGCAUAAAAUCAAGUUUGUGUUGUCAUUGAUCAAUUCAGAUGGACAUGUGUCUGAACUCAGGGCUGCUCUUCCCAUCACUAUUUGUGCUGUGAACAAAACUGGAUUACCGGCGUAUGAAGAGGCAUGGCGUACUCUACCUUACAAUCCUGCUUCCAUGUUGGCUCUAUUAUAUCAACAAUCGUCAGUUUUACCGUCCUAUAAUUCUAUUGUUCCCUCAACUUUACCGCCAGCGGCAGAUCAAAGACACAAUCUCCCACCGACAUAUGACGAAAUACCAUGGUUAGUGUCAAACUAAAGGAAUGAUGUCAACCUUCUUCCCAUGUACCAUAUAUUGUAAAUUUGUCCUUGUAUAUUAUAACUCUUUUUUAUUUGUAUAUGAAAUAAAAAUUAUCUAUAAUCUGUG